AUGAUUGGUCUAGUAAUAUAUGUUGAUGACUUGUUAAUAACAGGGAAUGACUAUGAAGAGAUCAAAAAGAUCAAACAUAUGAUUGAUACUAAAUUUCCUAUCAAAGAUCUUGGAAAUGCGAAGUUUUUUUUGGGUCUUGAAAUUGUACAAAAUGAUCUUGGUAUUUAUGUAAACCAAAGGAAAUAUAUUCUAGAUUUAUUACAUGAUUCGGGUCUAAUGGGUUGUAAACCCACAAACACGCCAAUGAUUAAAGGCAUAAAGUUUGAAGAUGAAAAUCAAGAUAUAUUAUGUGAUCCUUCUAAGUAUAGAAGGGUAAUUGGGAGACUUCUAUAUUUAAACUAUACUAGACCAGAUAUUGCAUAUGUUGUUCAACAAUUAUCUCAAUUCAUGCAAAAACCUCUCUUAUGUCAUUGGAAUGCAGCUUUGUACUUAGUUAAAUAUCUAAAAGGUACAACAUCAUUGGGUCUUUUUUAUCCAUAUGAAAAUGAUUCUUCCAUAAUUGCAUAUUCUGAUUCUGAUUGGGGUUCUUGUGUUGAAACAAGAAAAUCUAUAACAGGUUAUUGUAUAUGUUUUGGUAAAUCAGUCAUAUCUUGGAAAGCCAAGAAACAAGCAACUAUUUCUAGAUCUUCUGCAGAAUCUGAAUAUCGUAGCCUUGCUGCUACAGUUUGUGAACUUCAAUGGAUUUCCUAUAUUCUUAAUGACUUGAAUUUUAAAUUACAGUUACCAAUAUCUUUAUAUUGUGAUAAUAAAGCUGCCAUACACAUAUCUGAGAAUCCAGUUUUUCACGAAAGAACGAAACAUAUUGACAUAGAUUGUCAUGUAGUUAGAAAUCAGUAUUUGGCUGGCUUUAUUCAACUUUUUCAUGUGCAAACAAAGAAACAAGUUGCAGAUAUUUUCACGAAAGCAUUGGAUUUUGCUCAAUUUCAAGAACUUCGAUCACAUUUAUUUCUUCAAGAUAUUCAUCUUAAGGGAGGAGUAUUGAGAUAA